AUGAUGAACGCCAAUCAGCAGUACCCACCGGCGGCCAACAAUGCCUACUACCAGACAGCGUCCGGCUACCCGAAGGCGUACCCAGCGCCGCCAGGACAGCCGUCCGCCAGCAUGCAGAACGGACACUGGCCACCGCCGCCGCCACAACAAAUGCCGCCAAUGCCGCCCGGUGCCCAAGCCAAGAAGGCCCCUUAUCCUGGUGGACCGCCCAUGGAUCAGCAGCCUCAGCAGCAGCCUUCUCCUCAGGCGUACCACAGUCAGCAGCAGCAGCAGGCAGCUGCAGCAUAUCAACAGCAGCACCAUCCCAAUGCGUACUAUGGGCGGCCGCCGAUGCAUUCGGCGAGCAUGCAGCAACAGCAAUAUCCGCCUUCAAAUAUGUCACCUCAGGCGGCGGCCCGACACUAUCCGGUACCGCCGCAGCAGCAACACCCUAGCCAGCGUUUCCCCAAUUCGUAUCCCAAUUCACCCUACCGCAAUGAUCCAGCCGAGGGAGGCAAGCCAACAGGCUAUCCUUACGGACCAGGUGCCAACUACAACUACGAUCAGCAAUCCUCGUCACGUCCCCCAAUGACGCCUCAACAGCAGCAACAACAACAACAACAGCAGCAAGGGCAACCACAACCUCCACAACAACAGCAGCAGCCGCCACCGCAGUCACCAUACAAUCAACAGCACCCACAGCAUCAACAACAACAGCCGCCGAACAUGUAUCCCCAUCAGAUGCCCUCCAACAUGUCUCCUUACCAGCAAAGACAGUACAUUGAUGCACGGAACUACAGCAAUCACAUGAACCAAAUGAAUCAUGAGCAGGCUGCGCGAAUGCGGCAUUUUCAAGCGGUCAACCAGGCUGCAGCUGCCGCCGCCAUGAACCAGGCCAACUACGGUCAGCCGCAGCCACGUAUGCCAAUGCAGAACGCGAUGGCCACACCACCACCGCCUUCACAGUCUCCGGCGGCUCAGAUGAGUCAUGUGGCCAUCAAGGCGCCCAUAAACAUGCAUCCCAACUUCAACAUCAACAUUAAUCUGCGCUCAGCAUCACCGGCUCUUCCUGCCAUGAUGGCCAACGAUGUGACGCCCGUUAAGAAGGAGAUGAAUGACAGACACCUUCGCCAGGCGCUGAGCGCAGCUAAUGUGCCAUCGGUUUCUCCACUUUCCUCCAUGAUGUCACUGACAAGAGAAGUCAGAAUUGACACGGUGGAGACGACUAAGCCACUGUUCAGAAAGAUUAGACCACUGUCUAACGUUGGCCAUGUUGACAAUCGCAAAAUAAUGAUGAGUCUCAAGUCGGGUCUGCUUGCCGAGACUACCUGGGCUUUCGAUGUGCUAAACGUGCUCUCCCACAAUGGCGCUUUCAAGCUCACCACUUGCCCCAGUCUGUUGACAAACCUGCUCGACUACUACAAGUGCUUCCUCAAUUCCAUUUUCGAUGAUCUUUUUGACGCAAACACGGAGAACGAUUUUAAGCUGAUCAAGACGGUGAAGAGUGUUGCUCCUGCCGCUGUAGAGGAGAACAGCGACCACGCACCGGACAUGUGCAAGGAGGAGUUUGAGAGUUUAAUACGCAAGGACGAGAAGGUGUACCUGCUUGAUUCGACCAACUACACCUUCAAGUCUCGGAGCGGCCUUCCAGUACAAGUCAAAAAUGAGCCUCGAGCCUACUCCUCAACAGGACUACCUCUGGUCAAUGAGAUCACCAUCGUGGAGGAUACGGGUGACUUUAAGUUCUUUCAAGAUGUGAACGGCCUGCCCACCAAUCACAUUGUCACCAAUAUGGACCCAAUCAAAGAGCUGAUUAACUUUGCUCCUAAAAGUCGCGCCGAAAAGUCAAAGUCUGUCCUUCUCAAUGGCGACGCCGAGGUUGCUGUUCAGAAGAACGGCAACGGGACUGCUGUUGCUUCUGCUGCUUCCGAAGGUUCAUCUGACUCUAGAAGGUGCAAAAGAAAAUUAGAGUGGGACACUGAGGCCGAGCUGUACCGCGUGAACACCAACACCGCACUGUGCCCACGCCGAGAGUCAAUAGAGAUGCUGAUCAAGCGGUGUCACUGCCUCUCCACCAUCAUUCGCAAUUUCUCCUUUCUCCAGGACAAUGCCAUUAUCAUGGCACGCUACACCUCGCUUCAGCUCGUUCUGGCAAGGCUUCUCGCCUUCAGCCAUGAACACUACGAGAAGAAGAACUUUGCUCGCAUUCUCAAGGACCAGCAAAACAAGUCUCGGGAGAAGGAGAACCAGGAGGCGGCCGAGAUAUUCACCGACCACUGCUUCGACUCGCUGCACCUCAUUCGGAUGAACACCCUGGUGUGUCUGUCAAACAUGAGCGAGUACCUCGACCUGGCGAGCUAUCCUGAUAAGAUUAUACUGCCCCUGCUGGACGGACUGCUGCACUGGGGAGUGUGCCCCUCUGGCUACGCCAGAGACACUCACCCACCGGACAAUUUGUCCUAUCAGCUGCUCGCCCUGGAGACCAUCGCCAAGCUGAGCAUGAAGGUCUCCAACAUUGACCUCUUUCUCGCCACGCCGCCCUUCAGUAGAAUCGAGGAGUUCUACAAGGUGCUGGUCGGUCUGCUGAACCGCGAUGAGGAGCAGGUGCUUCGUGAGCUGUCCAUAGUCAUUCUGUCGAACUUUGCCGCCGCCGACGUGCUCUCUGCUCGGAUCAUCCUCCACCAGGACUACUCCAUCUACAACCUAAUUAUGUUCAUCGAGCAGUAUGACUACACGAAGAAGGCGCAGCUGUACAACCGCUUUGCCGGCUUCAUGGAGCCCUUCACCAUCACGUACAUGCUGAAGCAGGCGGCGACGACGAUGCGCACACUGGCCACUGAGUGUGAUCGCCAGGACCUGCAUCUGAUCAAGAAGUUCGAGGAUCGCAUCGUCGACCUGACCACCUCCCAUGUACUGGACUCAGAGGUGUCGCAAGUACUCGCCGACCUUAUUUUCAUUCUAGCAAACAGUGAAAAGUCAAAGUGA